GGCGCUGCUCAGCGCCCGGGCGUGUCAUGGCGGCGGGCGGGCGGAGCUGGUUUCGCGUGCUGGCGCUCGGCGUGUCCUUCCUCAAGUGCCUCCUCAUCCCCGCGUAUUAUUCCACAGACUUUGAAGUACACAGGAAUUGGCUUGCCAUCACUCACAACUUACCUGUCUCUCAGUGGUACUAUGAAGCAACUUCAGAAUGGACCCUGGAUUAUCCACCAUUUUUUGCUUGGUUUGAAUACGCACUUUCGCACGUUGCCAAGUACUUUGACCCCAAGAUGUUGGUUAUAGAAAAUCUAAAUUACACCAGUCAAGCGACCAUCCUCUUCCAAAGAUUUUCUGUCAUCUUUACAGAUAUCCUUUACAUAUAUGCUGUUCAAGUAGCUCAUAAUAUUGGAGGGGGGAGCCAGGAAGACGUUAAUGUCCAACUGAGGACCUUAAAUACAGCUUUGUACAUUGUCUCCAGGUGCAGCAAUAUAUUCUUUAUUCAAAAGAAGUUAAUAGCAAACAGGUGCUGUAGAUGUGUAAAUGGGAAACGAGCUGCAAAGGAUAUCCUGGAAAAACCAACAUUUAUUCUUGCUGUUCUGCUCUUGUGGAAUUUUGGGUUGUUAAUUGUGGACCAUAUCCACUUUCAGUACAAUGGCUUUCUAUUUGGGCUGAUGCUUCUUUCUGUUGCUCGACUGUGUCAGAAAAGAUAUUUGGAGGGUGCUCUUCUUUUUGCUAUUCUUCUGCAUUUCAAACACAUCUACAUAUACGUGGCCCCAGCAUAUGGCAUUUAUUUAUUACGAUCCUAUUGCUUUACUGCAAAUAAUGCAGAUGGAUCCCUGAAGUGGAGAAGUUUCAGCUUGCUUCAUGUAGCUCUUCUGGGAUUGAUUGUCUGCCUUGUUUCUGCUCUUUCCUUGGGUCCCUUCAUAGUGUUGGGCCAGCUGCCUCAAGUCAUUUCACGGCUUUUUCCUUUCAAGCGAGGCCUCUGCCAUGCUUACUGGGCCCCUAACUUCUGGGCUUUGUACAGUGCCAUGGAUAAAGCACUAACAAUUUUUGGUUUAAAGUGCAAUUUUCUUGAUCCCACCAAAAUUCCUAAAGCCUCCAUGACAGGAGGGCUGGUUCAAGAAUUUCAGCAUACUGUCCUCCCUUCUGUGACUCCACUGGGAACAUUAAUCUGUACUUUCAUAUCUAUAUUGCCCUCUGUUUUCUGUCUUUGGUUUAAACCUCAAGGGCCCAGAGGCUUUCUACAGUGCCUUGUUCUUUGUGCGUUGAGCUCUUUCAUGUUUGGCUGGCACGUUCAUGAAAAAGCAAUACUCCUUGCUAUUCUGCCUUUAAGCUUGUUGUCUGUUCAGAGAGCAAAGGAUGCUGGCAUCUACUUGAUUCUGACAACCACGGGGCAUUUCUCGCUUUUUCCAUUGUUGUUCACGCCACCAGAACUUCCAAUUAAAAUACUGCUUAUGCUGCUGUUUACAGUAUAUAGCUUCUCAUCGUUGAAAUCUCUAUUCAGGAGGGAGAGGCCUCUCCUUAACUGGCUUGAAACAAUCUACCUCAUCCAACUAGUGCCUUUGGAAAUCUUCUGUGAAAUUAUAUUUCCUCUGACCCCCUGGAAAUGGCACUUUCCUUUUGUUCCUCUGUUGCUGACCUCUGUAUACAGUGCUCUGGGUGUCACGUACGCUUGGCUGAAACUCUAUAUCUCUGUUUUGACUGAGAGAAUUUCUGUUAGACAAAAGGCUGAGUAAAGUCACAGUGUUGGGACCAGUCCCUGGUUAUCCCUUUGAGGGGAUUAUCUGGCAGGGUGAGGGCUUGUCACAAGGACAUACAACUCAUGGUGAGACACGGUGUAUGUGUACCAUCGCCAUGAGGGGAGGGUUUUCUUCCAACACUUCUAUACUGCCCAACGAGGAUACCUCUGAUCAGAAGCGCUUGUCACAAUAACAUGGUGCAUGGUGAGAUGCUGCUUGCCGUGGAUAAACUGUGAAGCUUAAUGAGGUCCAGACUUCUGUCCUGAGGAAAACCUGCCCAGCUUUCCCAUUACUGUUUGUGUUUGAAUAAAAAAAUCACUGUGGCAAAUUACAAGGGAUCAUUGUUGUGUAAGAGAACAUUAUAACUGCAUUCUGUAGAAUAUGUAAAUUAAAAAUUUGUUAUUUUUUGUUUGA